GGCUUGCAAUUGCAAACCCCUAAACGUUGCCGUUUUGGUGUUUCAAGUCGAACCGAUUCUAUCGAAGGCAUCGUGAAAAUCCCUCAAUUAAUCGGGAGAUUUUCUUUUUCCAGUUCCUUGGUUGUACAGCUCUGCUCGGCGACGAUCUGAUCGUCUUCGUCUGUCUGAUUAACACCAACUUCAAUCAAAAUCAAUGGCUGCAAUCUUCGCUCGUAACUCUCUCAACGCUCUCCGAGCUCGACACCUUGCUGUGUCAGGGCAAGUGUUGCAGGGUUCACAGCACUACGGGUUGCGACUCAGUUCACGCUCAUAUGGCACGCAGAAAGAUGAUGAAGAAAGAGAGCAGCUUGCAAAGGAGAUUUCAAAGGACUGGAGUUCUGUUUUCGAGAGAAGCAUAAACACACUGUUUCUAACUGAAAUGGUUCGGGGUCUCAUGCUGACACUCAAAUACUUCUUUGAAAGAAAAGUUACUAUUAACUAUCCAUUUGAGAAGGGUCCAUUGAGCCCUCGUUUUCGAGGGGAGCAUGCUCUCCGCCGAUAUCCAACUGGAGAGGAACGUUGCAUUGCCUGUAAACUUUGUGAAGCGGUAUGUCCCGCACAGGCAAUCACAAUAGAGGCUGAGGAACGAGAGGAUGGAAGUCGUAGGACAACGAGGUAUGACAUUGACAUGACCAAGUGUAUUUACUGUGGACUCUGCCAAGAGGCAUGUCCUGUCGAUGCAAUCGUUGAAGGACCCAACUUUGAAUUUGCCACCGAGACUCAUGAGGAGCUGCUGUAUGACAAAGAGAAGCUGCUUGAGAACGGUGACCGAUGGGAAACCGAGAUUGCAGAGAAUCUCAGAUCCGAAAGCCUUUAUCGGUGAAGUUGUCCCUCUGUUUCCUUCUUGCUUGGAACAACAACUGCCGCUUUCCUAGUUUCUUAGAAGGAAAAUAAAAAGAGAUGCAUGGUCUUGCAUAUAUUAGUUUGUAUUUUUGCUCAUUGUGCCUUUGUUGAAGGAACAAGAUUUCAGUUUUGUGUAACUUUAUCCAAAUGAUGAGAAGUUGCAUAACUUUUGUGAUAUGUUUUGUUACAUCAGUUUCAAGUUCAAUUUUUUAAAA